CGGCCUCGGGGAAUGGGGCCUUUAAACGCCUCUGCGGCACGCCAUUGGCUUAGCUGUGACCCCUAACCCGUGAUCGGUUGGCGGGAUCACCCGUCUGCAUGGUAACGGCAUGGAGUCGGGCUCAGAAUUCAGGAUCAAUCAGCGCUUCGCCGGUCGCUACGAUCGAUACCGACGGAAGGAAGAGCUGCAGCGGCUGAAGGAUCGCUAUGGUGACGAGGCAGGCGAAGAAGACAGCUCCAGCUCUGAAUCUGAUGACAGUGAAUUGGAAACUGACCCCACAUUGGAUAUUGACUUCUACAAGACACUAUCUUUGUUGAAGAAGAAGGAUCCCAAAAUCUACCAGAAAGAUGCACUGUUUUACACAGCAGGUGACAAUGGCAAAGAAGGCAGCAAGGGAAAAACUACAAACAGAAAGAAAAAACAAAAACCAAUGUAUCUAAAGGAUUAUGAAAGGAAGGUCAUUCUUGAAAAGGAAGGGAAAUAUGAGGAUGAAGACAGUGAUGGGGAUGAAAUGAGAACUAACAUAGAGAGAGCAACAUCUCCCAGUUAUAUAGAAGAACAGAAACAACUGAAAGAAAACUUCCGUAAGUUUGUUGAAGACAGUGACAAUGACAGCGGGAAUGAGGACAGUGGCUCUGGUUUUCUGAAACUGCGGGUGAAGUCUGAAGAGGAGAAGGAAAAAGAAGAAGAGUCUUAUAUCAGCUGGCUGAAAGGACAACAGGUUUUGGAAGCAAAGGAACAGCUGAAAGACAUGAAAUACCUAAGGAAUUACUGGAAUGAUCCUCAACUGGAUGAAGGGGAGAAGUUUCUACGUGACUAUAUUCUAAAUAAAAGAUAUCUUGAUGAGGAAGAGGAGGAAGACAGCAUCCCAACCUACAACGAAAUUGUUCAGGAUGAAGUGGAUGACUCCUCAGAUGAAGGUGAGGAAUUUCUAAAGAAACAGGAAGAUUUUGAACGGAAAUACAACUUCAGAUUUGAGGAACCCGAUGCAGAAUUUACAAAAUCAUAUCCAAGAAACAUUGCCACUUCAGUCAGAGCAAAGGACAUUAGAAGAAAACGCAAAAGAGAAGAGGUUAAGCAACGUAAGAAAAAGGAGAAGGAAAAGAAGAAAGAGGAGAUAAAGCAGCUGAAAAACCUGAAGAGAAUGGAAAUAAUUAACAAGCUGAAUCGGUUAAAGGAGAUAACUGGAAAUGAAACCAUUGGUUUCAAUGAGGAACUCCUGGAGACGGACUUUGACCCAGCCAAGCAUGAUGAGCUCAUGCAGGAAUUCUUCAAUGAUGACUAUUACAGAGUUGAAGAUGCGCAGAAACCACAGUUUGAGAAUGAGGAGGAAUUUGGUGAUGAAUGGAAUUGGGACACAUGGACAGGAAAUGAGGCAGACUGGGUGGAGGGAGAAGAAGAAGAGCAGUGCCAGCAAGAGAAUUAUGAGCCACACUGUGAAGAUCCAGAAUUCAUUAUGGAUGCAGAUUAUGACCCCAGUCAACAGGUGCUCUCCAAGAAGAAAAAGAAACAAGAUUUUCUUCUCAUGGGCAAGAAAAGGCGAAAAUCUAAAUUUGCGGAGGCAGUUUGCAAGUUGAAACCAGCUUUUGAUCCAAAGGACAAGACCUUUGAGCAGUACUUGGAUGAGUAUUACCAGCUGGAUUAUGAAGAUAUCAUCGACGACUUGCCCUGCAGGUUCAAGUACAGGCGGGUGUUGCCUAAUGACUUUGGGCUCAGCACAGAUGAGAUUUUGGCAGCAGAUGAUAAAGAGCUUAAUGCUUGGUGUUCGCUAAAGAAAACCUGUCAGUUCAGAACUGAGAAAGAAGAGCUUAAUGACCUGAAGGUUUAUCGGAAGAAGUCUCAGAAUCCCUGGAAAAAGCAGCAGAUUUUUCAGUCUUUUGCACUGCCGGAAGAUGAAUCCCAGUCUAAAGCACCUGCAAAAUCCAAAGUUGGGAAAAAACGACGGGACAGACUGAAAAAGGCCAGGAUGCAGGAGGGGAGUAGGUCCGGCCCAAGCCCAGAUGGACAACUAGAUGUCAAAGUGGACGAGGAUGUCUUCUUUCCCAAACAGAGUGGCAGUGUGAAUCCAGCAGCAACACAAGAAACAACAGCCAGCAAAGGGCUAGGAAUGUCAUCUGCUCCUCAGGUCACUCCGGGCAAGCAGUCGGAGCGACCCGUUGGGAGGAAGAAAUCCAGAAAGAAGAAUAAGUGGCUGACUUCACAGGUGAAGCUAGGUGGACGAAUGUUCAGUGGCAGCAGGCUGCAGGCAUAUGGACUGGACCCUCGCAAACUGAAGUUCAAGCAGAUUAACAGGGAAAGGAAGGAACAGGGAAAGAAGCAACCCAAAGACUGAUGGCUUAGUUAAGCUGAGUAAACUCAUUUUAUAGAUGACUGUGAAAAUUAUGCAGGUUUCUUAAAUCCCACAAGGUUCAUUAAACUACUUUGUA